AUGACCGAGGAAGAACAACUCACGCUGAUUGCUGCAUUAGCGUUUGCAGGGUAUAUAUACAAAAAAUACUCAGCAUACAAAAAAGCAACGGAGGAAGAGAAACAAGCAAAGCUGAUUGACAAAGCCGUAAACUGGGCGGAGUUAAAUCGAGGGAUUGAAAAAUUGCAUUAUUACUCAGAAAAGCUUAAAGCUUAUGACAACGCUUUGCUGAAUCUGGAUUUAAGUUACUAUAACAACUCUCACGAUGAGAGAGAACAGCCUCUUCUUGGAGUGACACUUGGAAAAGCGAAAAUCAAAACGCAGACAGGAAACAACGAAACAGAGGUUGAAAUUGAUAUAGGUGACGGAAUGGAAGACAAUACCGAAAGCAUGAAAACUAUGAUUCAGGCGAACAGAGAAAAAUGCAGAAUUCGCCUACUUGAAGUCUAUGAGGAAACUUACAGUAAUGCCGUUACAAAAACAGUAACAAAAACGCUCUCCCCUGCAAAAAAAAGCAUAUUCGGGGAAGGGAUUGAAGAAGCUCUGGAAAUUGAGCUUGAAAACGCAAAGGAACAGGGUGAGUAUCACAGCAAUCAUGAAGCGUAUGCUAUCUUGAAAGAGGAAAUUGAAGAAGCGGAUAUUGAGCUUGCAAGAAUGAGAAACUUCUUUGAAAUGGCAUGGGGAGAGAUAAGAAGCGAUUGGGACGAUGAAAGAAUUAGAAACAGAAUUGAAGAAGUUAAAUUCUAUGCGAUACUUGCAGCACAAGAAUUGAUUCAGGUUGCAGCCUGUGCGAAAAAGUGGCUUGAAUUGAUAGAUUUAGAGGAAAAGGAGAAGUGA